AUGUGUUUGGGCCAGAAGGUGCGCCCGUCAGAUUGGACUGGUGGGGAGAAGUUGAAGGGCGUCAUCUGGGGGGGACGAGUGAUCAGUGCAGGACAUCCGUGCAUUGUGCAUCCGCCCUGCUUUCCCGAGGUCUUGCACACGGUAUCUGAUGUUUAUUUCCGUAAUUAUUUUGGAAACGCUCAGAACCAUGGAAUGAGCGGUGGAUCCCCCACGGGCCGGACCACGAAAAUGAAUACCGUCUGUAUCCACCAGGUAGAGUCCAAACAACAACAGAAAAUCACCGUUGCGACAUCUGGGAAGAAGGAGGGAAUGAUUGGAGAGGAAUGA